AUGUCCGUACUUCUAGGACCAGGCCCCGUCAUCAUCCCUCUCUCUGCUUGGGCAGAGGACAGCAUCUCCGCCAUAUACAAGGCUUCCUCACAGUCCGCUUUCGACAGCGCUUUCGAUGAAUUCUUGCACAAGGAUGCCCAGAUCACGUUCAAUGGAAAACAAUUGACGAGGGAUCAGUAUCGAGAGCAGCUGCUGGAGGAACGAGUCCUCGAGCAGUCUGCAGACAUCUCCUUCACCGGGGCAGUCGAGGUUCCUGCCAACAAGAAUGAUCCCGUCGCAGCGGGAAGCGUCGGCUUGUUCUACAAAGCCACGGUAUACAAGACUAUCAAGGUCUUCGGUGCAUCGGCUUCCAGCACCGUCAACUCCUCGUUGAACGUUGUAAUCACUGACUCGAAGGGGGAAAUUGCGAAUCGCAAGGUUUUGGUGUUGAACCAAGUUUUGUUGGAUGAAGCCAAUCCAGUAACGCCACCUCAUGGUGUCGUCAAGCCUGCGUGA